GGAACCAUCCGGAGGCAGACACGGAUACACUACGCCUCGAUCCAUUGCAGCUGCAAUCUUCUGCUCUUUCCUGUAGCCGUAGGGGAGCGAGCCAUAAAGGAGACUACGCGGCGGCCGGCGGCGGCGGCGGCGGCGACGGAAGUGGGGAGACAGACGGGCGCGGCGGAGACGGUGAGCGAGCGGGGCUAGGCGACGCUCCAUCCAGUUCUCUUCUUCUUGAUUUCAUUCUAGGAUAUUCACAGGGGUUGUGGAGCUUUUCAAGACUCAUGUGAUUGACCUUGUCCCUAAUGUUCUGAUCAAGAGUGUUGCCAUGGUUGAAAGGACGAUAUAGUUUCAAGAUUAAAAUAUUGUUUGGCCCACCGUUGUGAGAAUGGUCUGGUUGCAAGAUCAAAUUGAAAUGCACAAGCUCCACUGGUACAGGAGAGCCCCUACUCCAUCAGAGUUCUGGAUACCACUUGCUGCUUGGUUCACUGUUGGCCUAGUCGGUCUUUGGACAUUUUUUCACUUCUUUUCAUUGUGGCGGCGAAAGAUCAGUUUAAGCUGGAUGAAAAUAAUUGCCAGAUCGAAGAGGAAGAAUUUUGAAAGAAACCACAAGGUUCCUACUGCUGAACAUGUUUGGAACACAGAAUCUUUGAUUCGUGCAAAAGGGAUGAAGUGCUGUGUAUGCUUGGAAUCUCUCUCACCUGCUCAGCCCCUUGGGCAGAUGAUGACUUCAGAAAAUAUGGUUCACCGUUGCAAUGUUUGUGGUGCAGCUGCGCACAUAAUAUGCUCUUCGAAUUCUCAGAAAGACUGCAAAUGCGUCUCAAUGUUCGGGUCCAAACAUGUGGUCCAUCAGUGGACUGUACUCUGGACAGACGUAACCGACCAAUCCGAAGAAGGUCAGUACUGUUGUUACUGUGAGGAGAUAUGCAGUGAAUCUUUUCUGGGAGGUCCUCCCAUAUACUGCUGCAUGUGGUGCCAAAGACUGGUGCAUGCUGAUUGCCAGUCGGCCAUGGUUACUGAAACAGGUGACGUUUGUGACCUUGGUCCCUUCAGGCGCCUUAUUCUGUCACCACUUUUUGUCCGGGCCAUUAGCAAACCUGGUGGCAUCUUGAGUUCUAUAACUCAUGGAGCAAAUGAGUUUGCAUCCACUGUGCGGGGGCGUUUAAACCGAACUAAAAAGGAGAAACAUCAUAGCAGAUUGCCAUCUGACAGUAAUGAUGAUUCAUCAAGUGAUACCACUUUGAACUCAAACCAGAGGGCUGGGGAAUUAAAAGCUACUGGGGGCAGUGUUCAAAGGAGUCCUGAGAAUGAUCAUUAUAGCAGUGAGAGUGAUGGUAGAGAAUUCAUAUCAGAGUCCAGAAGGUUCAGCAGCAAUGAGACUGGUGAAGUUAAACUUGAGUACGUAUUGUCUGAAUUGCCUGCUGAUUCCAGACCUCUUUUAGUUUUUAUCAACAAGAGAAGUGGGGCUCAGCGUGGAGAUCUUCUCAAGCACAAGCUACAUUUUCUUUUGAAUCCGGUGCAGGUUUUUGAAUUGAGUUCUUCACAAGGGCCAGAAACAGGAUUAUUUUUGUUCAGAAAGGUACCACAUUUCAGAAUACUUGUGUGUGGUGGCGAUGGUACUGUUGGUUGGGUUCUUGAUGUGAUAGAUAAGCAAAAUUAUGAAUCACCUCCACCUAUUGCAAUUCUUCCAGCUGGCACUGGCAAUGAUCUUUCGAGAGUUUUAUCAUGGGGAGGUGGCCUAGGUGCUGUUGAGAAGCAAGGUGGCCUUUGCACAGUUUUACAUGACAUAGAGCAUGCAGCAGUCACUAUCCUGGAUAGAUGGAAGGUGGCAGUAGAAGAUAAGAAAUCAAAGAAUGUGGUUCUUGUAAAGUACAUGAACAACUAUCUAGGUAUCGGUUGUGAUGCAAAAGUCGCCCUUGACAUUCAUAAUCUCCGUGAAGAAAAUCCUGAGAAAUUCUACAGUCAGUUCUUAAAUAAGGUGCUAUAUGCGAGGGAAGGGGCCAAGAGCAUCAUUGACAGGGCGUUUGUGGACUUACCAUGGCAAGUUCGGUUAGAAGUUGAUGGCACUGAGAUUGAGAUACCAGAGGACUCAGAAGGUGUGCUGGUCGCAAACAUCCCGAGCUACAUGGGAGGGGUUGACCUGUGGCAAAAUGAGGGUGAGAAUCCUGAAAAUUUUGAUCCACAGUCGAUCCAUGACAAGAUGCUCGAAGUGGUUAGCAUCACAGGAGCAUGGCAUCUGGGAACACUCCAGGUUGGACUUUCUCGGGCACGGAGGAUCGCCCAAGGUCAGUCAAUCAAGAUACAAACGUUUGCUCCUUUCCCUGUCCAAGUGGAUGGCGAACCUUGGGUCCAGCAGCCCUGCACGCUUAAGAUAUCCCAUCACGGACAGGCUUUUAUGUUGAGGAGGGCAAUUGAAGAGCCACUUGGUCAUGCUGCCGCUAUGAUCACCGACGUGCUUGAGCAUGCCGAAUCCAGCCGUGUAAUCACUGCUUCGCAGAAGAAAGCCCUCCUCCAAGAAAUGGCUCUACGGCUGUCAUGAAGCAACGCCGAUCAUUCAGACGUUGCAGAAGGAUAGUUUCCAGUGCUGUGCCCUGCUUGCACUGUGGAGAGGUUCCUAUUGGCAGUGAUAUCCCCACAGGAGCUCGAUCAUGUUUGUCGCAGCAGAUACAGCCCGGGGGGACGUGUCCACGUGUACAGAGAGUUUUUGGUUAUGUUCGCAUUUUGGAAAUAGCAAGGCAAUGUUGUGUACAGGUAUGUGGUGUUGUGUUAUUGUGUAGAAGCUCGGGUAUGCAUGCCCCUUGCCUUGUUCUGUGCAAAUCUAGUUACGCCUGCCAUUUCCAUUUUGUGUUCGGUUGGCUGGAUGGUUUUUUGGGGCUGUGUUGUGUCGCUGCCACUUUGGGUGGUGCCCCACAUGUAAAUGAGACGGGCUUGAAUGCUUGGUUGUAAUGGAAGUUGUGCAAAUAAGUGGUACGUGUUCCAUUAUCUUUCAUCA